AGCUUACAGGAUUCCGGCGCUACCCGCCCUCCUUCUUGGCGGGUCUUCACAGGUCCUUGCCCGGUGCUUCUCUGAAGAGCUUCAAGCACGAUCCGCAAACCCCGGAGGCGGAGCCAUUCGGCGACUUCAUCCUGACCACACACGCCGCCACCUUGGAGUCGAUUGAACUCGACGAACACCCCCUGACCUCGACGUCAACGGCACAGAUCCUGGCGGGAAUGCCAAACCUUCGUAGGCUGGAGUGUGGCAUGAUGCCCGGGCUGGAGGCCGUGGCCGGGUGCAAGCAGCUGAGGGAAAUAGAACUCUACGUGAAAUACGACGGCGAGGCCCGCACCGCCGCCGAGUUUCUUCGCCGAGCCACCCAACUGGUCAAGUUGACUCUCGAGUAUGAAUCCCCGACCGAUAUGGCCCCUUUUUCCGACAUGGAUUUUGUGCUGGCUCUGGCCACGACCGGGCGCUCCCACCUGGAGGAACUGGAACUUAACGUGGAAGAUAUCAAUGAUAUGGGCCUGGAACACUUCCCUCAGCAGCAGUCUCUGCUCAGGGCGCUGCCCCGCCUGCCGGCGCUCAAGACCCUGGAGGUAAAGGGCGAGGCCAGCGACGAACUCCUGCUCGGCGUCACGCCCGCCAACGCGCCGGCCCUGCGCUCCCUCAAGGUAUUAACAGUAGGCGUCAAGUGUGCGCACGACGCACUGCACCGGGGCGCGGUGCAGAUCCUCCUGUCCUUGAACCCCGACCUGAAGUUUUCCACCCAUGAGCUAAGCUAUUGCUACACUGAUGAUCGUUGCGCGUGGUGUACACUGGGCUGCCACCAGGAGAUGCGGCAAGAUUUGGAUCCACCACUAAAACAUUCUGCCGACUGGGUCACCAUUCCUCGAUUGUGAAAUUGUGAAAUUAGUUGUUUAUUUUUCAUUAAUCUUCGAUACUAAUAAUAACUUUCCCCUUACCCUUCUAUAUGUAC